AUUCCAUCAUCUUUCAACUCAAGUUCUCACCAUUGAAAGACCAAUUCAAAGUUCCACAAAAACAGGUGGAAAUCAGAGCAAAAAAUAAAAUCCCAAUUUUGCUGAUCAUUAGCAAUGGCAACCAACACCACCCAAGAGCAACAAUCUGAAGCUGGUAGGCACCAAGAAGUCGGCCAUAAGAGCCUUUUGCAAAGCGAUGCUCUUUACCAGUAUAUGUUGGAGACUAGUGUAUAUCCAAGGGAGCCUGAACCCAUGAAAGAGCUCAGAGAGUUGACCGCUAAGCAUCCAUGGAACCUUAUGACUACAUCAGCUGAUGAAGGUCAAUUCUUGAACAUGCUUCUUAAGCUGAUCAAUGCGAAGAAUACCAUGGAAAUUGGGGUUUAUACUGGUUAUUCUUUGUUAGCCACCGCCCUCGCUUUACCCGAUGACGGAAAGAUCUUGGCCAUGGAUAUCAACAGAGAAAACUAUGAGUUGGGAUUGCCUGUAAUCCAAAAAGCUGGCGUUGCACACAAAAUUGAAUUCAAAGAAGGCCCUGCCAUGCCUGUUCUUGAUAAAUUGGUGGAAGAUGAAAAGAAUCAUGGGUCGUAUGAUUUCAUCUUUGUGGAUGCUGAUAAAGACAACUACCUCAACUACCACAAGAGGUUGAUAGAGUUGGUGAAGGUUGGUGGUUUGAUUGGCUACGACAACACACUGUGGAACGGGUCGGUGGUGGCACCGCCCGAUGCUCCGCUUAGGAAGUACGUUAGGUACUACAGAGACUUCGUUUUGGAACUCAACAAGGCUCUUGCUGUUGACCCCAGGAUUGAGAUUUGCAUGCUCCCUGUUGGCGAUGGAAUCACCCUUUGCCGCCGUGUCAAAUGAACCACCACCAAUGCUACCGCCGCCACAGCCGCUACUACCACCCAAGAUCGACAAACUUUCAUAUUUUUUUUGUGCAAUUUCAAAUAUGGUGUAAAUUUAAUUUGGCAUUUAUAAACGCAAUGCCUAUCUACCAUUAUCAAAUCAUAUUACAUUCUAAACCAA